ACGUCGGCCGCCCCCCCUCCCCCCUCACAACACGGAAUAUGGCGGCCAGCUCAGAUCGGGAUCCCCCUCCUUUCCCUUCAGCGGAGGAGCCAGGCGCUGGAGUGUCUGACAUGGCAGACGGAGACAGCGACGAGGGAGAGGACAUCUUUGUCAGUAACAGCAACCCCGUGGCUGUCAGUCGAGGAGUCUCUCAGCCGGACCGCGUCAGCGAGGAGCCUCCAGAUCUGUUCAGCGAGGAGGCCCGCAGCACACCUGCCAAACCCAACGGAGUCCACUCAGACGACGACGACCUGUUUGCAGAGGCCCACGUGGAGCUGAGCACAGACAAGCCGGGCAGCUCUGAUCGGAAGGAGCUCUCCGGCCCCUCCGGUCCCCCCGGUCCCCCCGGUCCACGUCCUGCCUCCUCUUUCACUCAGAGCCCUGCGGCCAUGCAGCCCGCCUCCUUGGAGCAGCUGGAGGAGGAAGAGGCCAAGGAUAGUUUUGAUGUGGAUGUUGCUGUCACCAACCCGGAGAAAGUUGGAGAUGGAAUGAAUGCAUAUGUGGCCUACAAAGUAUCCACCAGGACGUCCUUGCCCAUGUUCAGGAGUAAAGCCUUCACUGUGCGCAGGCGUUACAGCGACUUCCUGGGUCUUUACGAGAAGCUGUCGGUCAAGCAGUCGCUGCAGGGCUGCAUCAUUCCACCUGCGCCUGAGAAAAGUGUCGUAGGAAUGACCAAAGUGAAGGUGGGAAUGGACGACCCGUCAUCAGUGGAGUUUGUGGAGAGGAGGAGAGCAGCUCUGGAGAGGUAUCUUCAGAGAGUCGUGUCUCACCCGUCGUUACUGCAAGAUCCUGACGUCCGUGAGUUCUUGGAGAGAGAAGAUCUACCCAGAGCAGUGAACACGCAGGCGCUGAGUGGAGCGGGCUUCCUCAAGAUGAUCAAUAAGGCAUCAGAUGCUGUCAACAAGAUGACCAUCAAGAUGAAUGAGUCAGACACUUGGUUUGAGGACAGGUUGCAGGAGGUGGAGAACGAGGAGCAGCAGCUGAGGAAGCUUCACGCUGUGGUCGACUCCCUGGUCAAUCACAGGAAGGAGCUGUGUGGGAACACAGCAGUAUUUGCCAAAAGUAUGGCCAUGUUGGGAAACUCGGAGGACAACACAGCCCUGUCCCGGGCCCUGUCCCAGCUGGCAGAGGUGGAGGACAAGAUGGAGCAGCUGCACCAGGAGCAGGCAGCCAGUGACUUCUUCAUCUUUGAAGAGCUGCUGGCUGACUACAUCCGCCUGCUGGGUGCUGUGCGGGGGUGCUUUGACCAGCGCAUGCGGGCGUGGCAGCGAUGGCAGGAGGCUCAGAGCACACUCCAGAAGAAGAGGGAGGCCGAGGCCAAGCUGCUGUGGGCCAACAAGCCGGACAAACUGCAGCAGGCCAAAGACGAGAUCGCUGAGUGGGAGGCGAAGGUCACUCAGUACGAGAGAGAUUUCGACAGGGUUGGAAUGACUGUACGCAAGGAGGUUCUCAGGUUUGAGAAAGGAAAAGCCAAGGACUUCAAGAGCCAGAUAAUCAAAUAUUUGGAGGCAAUGCUGCAGUCUCAACAACGGCUUAUAAAGUUUUGGGAGGCUUUCCUGCCUGAGGCGAAGGCGAUAGCUUAAUGAAGUGGGAGACUUUUUAAAGACCCCGACUGCCUUUUUUGAACACUUUACCUCUUGACCCAGAAACUGAGAGGACAAUAUUGAAACACACAAGAAACUUCCAUCCAUUUUUUUUUUUUUUUUGCUUUUGUCUUUUCAAUAAUAAGAAUAAUAAUUAAUCUCUUUUCUUGGACAUUUCUUUGAUAUAAUAAGCUGCCACAUUUAUGCAUUUCUUUGGCAUAAUACCUUGUUUAUGUUCUUGACUUAAAGAUGGUAUGAAGCAGGAAUCCUACAGAGAUUAACUGUAGUGUUUGUACAAACCCACUGUCUGUCAGUGGGGUAUAUGUUUCUUCCUGAAACCAGUAAGUGUUGACACUGAGGUCCAGGCCUCGACUAACUUUUCUAUAGUUUACAUUAGCAGGUAGACGUAUGUAAGUCAUUCCAUUCUCUAACAACUUCUGCUGAUGGAUGCAUGUCAGAUGAUGUUUUGAUGCACUAAAAUGCAUCAUGUUGGGGUGGCGGGGGGGGGACAAGCUGUUAUUUAAUGAAAUACCACUAUUGAUGGCCGAGGUCAUUUACCAGGAGUAUUAGCACAUUGUUACAAUGUGUCUCACAGUUAACGUUAGAUCAUAGAAAUCGUAUUAAAAGUCGGAUUUUUACGAGGUUGUACGUGCUUGUCGGAGUUGUUACAAACAGAUAAGUGAGGUGUGUCCGUCCAGGCAAUGCAGUCGCUUCUUUGUUGGUAUUUUUUCCAACAAUGUAUUUGAUAGAGUCGUUUUUAUUAUAUUAAUCCAUUUCUUCCACAACAGUUUUAAGUAUUUAGAUUUCUUGCGUCGAAGACUGAGGCCCAAAAAAACUCAUUUGAAAGUGCUGCAGAGAUUGUUUACUUCCUGUGUAAAUGACUGUUGACAUGUAUGUACACGUGUACAGUACUUGAACUGAAUCAUACAGCUUCUGUCUGAUAAUUAGGUACUAUGCUUUUUUUUGUUUUGUUUUAAUACAUUUUAACAAUGACAGAAAGGCACAGACAUUCAAGUUAUCCGGUCCUCAUUUUAUUAUUCAGCAUUUGUAAGUGUAGUUUCACUGUCAUGUCAUAUUUACGUAAGAAUGUGCUUUAUUUUUGUAACCACUUUGCAUUAGCACACAUUUCCUGGAGAUGCUAUACAGGUAGAUGUACAAAAUAAAUAUGAUUGGUUAA